GUAUGAGACACUACACAGCCCUGAGUACCAGAGUAACUUCAACUUCUUGAGAUGUUGAGGGAUGUAGCACACAUGCUAUAAGCUAACAUAUAACAUCGCUUUGGUAAAAAAUGUAAGUUUAUGAGCACAAUUACACAUAAUGUAAACUGCAAACUUUAGGCUACUGGCUCUAUAGUGGGCAAUGUUAGUGAUAAGAUUAAGAUUUAGAAAUUAAAGCCAUAUUUCGUUAACUAACUUACAUAUAACGUACUACAACUGGCAUGAGAACAUUGACUGUUAACCCACAUAUUGAUGAUAUAGUAUCAUGUAGAUACCAUUAUUAAGAAAACAUAAGGUACAUUAGGCUGUAUUUUGUCUCAUUAACUGAAGGAGUAGCUGCUUUUCCCGUUAGCUGGGGCUUAGUAGUUACAUGUAGCCUUUUAUAACGUGUUUAAUGUUAUAGAGAGGUAAAUUACACAAAAUCAAUUUAAAACUAUCACUUGAGUCUGUAUAGGUUUCAUUAUGUAUUUUAGGUGAAAAUUAACCUAUAAUAAAUCAGAUCAAAUCAGUUUAUGGAACUGGUAAUAUCAGUUCAUACAACAAAGGAGGGAUCAGGAAGGGACAAAUGAAAAGAAAAGUUUCGUAACACUUAUGGAUAGGUUAAAAAGGAGCAAUGAUUUUGUUAAAAAAAGUACAUAAAGGAAUACAGUCAUUCUUAUAUCUGACAGUUUUUCAACCUGAGAUGUAGAUCACAUUUCUGCACACACAUACACUACGAUUAACCCAGGAACAAUGUGAGAAACAGCAUACCUGCAACUACUAUUGAACUUUUGUCCUAUCUACACUUUGGAACCUAUUCCUUGGUCAAUAACCUAAGUUGUGUGUAGCAGUAUUGAAGUUACAUCAUCUGUUCCUGUGUUUUUAAAACCUUUUUGGGGAGGAAGCUGAAGGUUUGUACACGAGAAGGUUGCCCUGGAGAAUCCCUUUGGGCCCUGUUUAGUUUCGUAAUUUACUGUUAAUGCUUCUACUGGGAGUCAAACGAGCAGCCUAUGUCUUUCCUCAACUUAUAGAGAAUCUAAAUAACUUUUUGCAGUAACAGAUUUUAUUGCUGCUCCUUUCUGUUUUACUGUCCCAUGCCUGCAUAACUCCAUUCUCUCUCUCUCUCUCUCUCUCUCUCUCUCUCUAACACUGUAUCUUCCUUCCUUUGUCUUUCUGUCUGUUUAUAUUUAUGAGCAGAGGCUUUGCCUCUGUUGUCCCAUAUGUUUCUUGCUCUUUCUUCUUAUUCUCCCUCAGCUCACGUUUUCUUUGUUAAGCGCACUCUCUACCUCCAGUUUGUCCAGUUACUUCUUGGCAAGCUCCUCUACAGGAUUAACAAAUGAGAUUAGAGAGAGAGAUAAAAAAAAUCUCAUCGUGCAGUUCCAUCUGUCUACCUGCCAAAGGAGGAGUUCGUGCAUCACGGUAGCACACCUGCAUUCGACAGACAAUCUGGACAGGAGAUAAAGCUAUCAGAGACAGACGAUCAGUGUUGUGGAUGUGAGCCACGAACAUUGGGCUAUGAACAGGUGUGUGGAACUGUGGGAUUGUUCCUUGUUGCGUCGCAUUUACACAAUCCAAAGCUGCUCUCCUGCUGCCUCCUUUAUACGCCUCCACAAGUGACGAGAGAAGUCGACAUGCUGCAGUUUAUCUGGACUUCCAAACUGUGCUUUUUAGCCAGUGUUUUUGUCAUAGGCCAUUUGGAUAUUACCGCCGAUGCAGCUAUCUGGGUCCCCAGGCUAAGACAACCAGAUAAACCCUCACACAGUUCUAAUUUUUCAUGGGAACAAACUCAAUCUGGAGCAUUUACUGAAGCACCUGAGGACCGAGGACUCUUGCCACGAAGGAAACGCAAUGUUCUUCUUUCUAGCGGAGUGCGACUUUGCACUCAGGAGACUGUUCAGCAAGCCAUAGCUAACCAUCUCAAAUAUUAUCAAGUUAGAGUGUGCCAGGAGACCGUGUGGGAGGCAUUCAAGAUUUUCUGGGACCGCCUUCCAAAGCAAGAGGAAUACCAGCACUGGAUGAGCCAGUGCCAGGCCGGCACAGUCAGCUCACAAGAAAUUAGCACUACAUUCAGCCAGUCAGAGGAACAUCUUGCCCUCAUUCACAGACGGCUGGUUCAAACUGGAUUGAAAAUUGAGGCUUCUAAGCCCCCUGUGUGCAGGUCUCAACCAAAGCCUACACUCAAAGAGCAGAACAGUACCCCUUCAGGUGUCAAGGUGGUUCCAACAGAGGUCAAUAUAGAUAUCACUGGAACGGUGCCUUCUGCAACUCUGGCUGAAGUUGUCUCAGAAUCUGUUGUGGAAAUUAUUGCAGAAACUCCAUCUGGUGUCACAUUAACAGGAGAAGAGAGUGAGAUCAACAAUGAGAUUGAGCUGGAGACUGCUGCUGUGCCGGGCCGUUCACUGGCAGAACAAAGAGUGGAGCUCACUGGGCUGCUGACCGGAGAGCCGUGGAGUGAAGAGCUGUCUGACCCCACCAGUAACCAAUAUCACACACUCACUCGACUAUUUAGCCAGAAGAUUUCUGAUGCACUGCAGAAGUUGCCUGAAUACAAGAGUGUAUCUGUACUGGAGUUCAGACCUCAAACUGGUGCCACAGGUGAUAAGGCAGUACUGGUGCAGUAUGAAGUGACUCUGCAGACAAGUGGGCAGGAGGUUAGCAGUGAGACUCUGGAUUUCAUCAAUCUGCAAUCCAACAUGGUUGAGGGCACUUUCAGUGACUCAGAAAAACCCACUGUUGUGUACACCCUCACUGACCUGCGUGCCUACAUUACAGACACCCUGCUUGUCGAAACAUAUCCAGAUAAAGAUCAACCUACAAAUGGAUCACAACAGCCUGAGAUGACUGAGGAUUUGCUUAAAGAGGAAGCAGGCGAAGAGCUUAGAAAAGAUGACUUGCUGCUAGACAUCAGCACGUCACAGGAGGAAAGUGUGGGAGCAAAUAAUGGCAUUAUUUUAGAGGAGAACACUACACCGCCACCUCUUGCUGAGCAGCCCAGCACAAGUUCCUCACAAGGUAUAGAGGUGCAGGAUGAAUUGCUGUUAAACAGUGCUGUGGAUACCAGCACAACUUCUACUGUGGGCUUCACCCAAGCUGCUGAUGUCACUGGCUCUGAACCUGCUUCUGGGUCUGGGGCAGGGGAAGAUGAUGGGAUAUCGGUUAGAGAGCCAGGUGGAGUGACAGAUGAAGAUACAGUUUUGACUGAAAUGCUGGUAGAGGAUUAUGAUCUCUCCACCAUCAUCACCUUGACAGAAUCUAUGGAAGAGGAUCUGAUAUCAUCUAAAGAAGAGCUGACAUCACCUCCCCUGGUGACUACAGAGACUGCAGAAACUAUAGUGAUACAGAUUAGUGAUACCCAUGCAUAUAUAGAGCCACCGGUGAUAGUAGAAAGUCCAUCACCUGAUCAGUCAGAGGAGGAGCUUGUGACCACUUUGAAAACGGAGGAGGAAACAGAGGGAGUUACAGAAGUUCCUACAGAAACAGAGAUUGAAUUCAAGGAAGAAAUAGAGGUCCCUAUAGUGACAGAGGUGGACAUUAGUGUAGCAACAGAGAACAAAGCUGUGGCUCCAACAGUAAAAGACAAAGAAACAAAAAAGGCUGAAGAAGAGGAAGAUGCUGACAUUAUAAUACAGAAAGACGAGGAUAAGUUUAAUGUGGAGACAGAUACUCCAGCUGUUGAGAUCCCAGAGGAGGAUCUCACUGAAGAUGAGAUCCUUCUGGUCACCAUAGAACCCAUCAGGCCUGCUCACCCCACACCUCUCUCGCCAGAGAAAGAGUCACACUUCACUCUCAUUACCAAGGUAACGGCAGUGGAGUCUGAGCCCACCCUGCCCUCUGAUAUCACAGUAUCUGAGCGAGACCCUCAUGAUAUAACAAUUGGACAUGAUGAGGGUAGUGGGGUCACUGCUGUUGCCCAGGGUGAUGACCAGGCCAGUGUUGCCAUGCCCCCUGGCCGUGCUCUGAUGGUGUUCUUCAGUCUGCGGGUGACCAACAUGAUAUUCUCAGAGGAUCUGUUCAAUAAGAGUUCUCCAGAGUACAAGGCCCUGGAGCAGAGGUUUCUAGAGCUGCUUGUGCCAUACUUACAGUCAAACCUCAGUAACUUUGAGAAUCUAGAGAUACUGAACUUCAGGAAUGGCAGCAUUGUGGUGAACAGCCGUAUGAAGUUUGGGAAGCCAGUGCCUCGGGGAGUUACCACAGCUGUCUACCUGAUCCUGGAGGACUUCUGCAACACAGCUUACCAAACCAUGAACCUUGCCAUAGACAAAUACUCACUAGAUGUGGAGUCAGGUGAUCAGGCUGACCCAUGUAAGUUCCAGGCAUGUAACGAGUUUGCAGAGUGUGCAGUGAACCGUUGGUCCGGUGAGGCGGAGUGUGUGUGUAAUGCAGGUUUCUUCAGUGUAGAUGGCCUGCCCUGCCAGAGCAUCUGCGACGUCCAGCCUGAUUUCUGCAUGAACGAUGGCAAGUGUGACAUCAUCCCAGGACAGGGAGCCAUUUGCCGGUGUCGAGUAGGGGAGAAUUGGUGGUACAGAGGGGAGCACUGUGAGGAGUAUGUGUCAGAGCCACUGGUGGUGGGCAUUGCCAUAGCAUCAGUGGCUGGCUUCCUGCUUGUUGCUUCAGGUGUCAUCUUCUUUUUAGCCCGGGCACUGAGAGACCAGUAUGACAAGGAAGAAACAGAGGACCCAAUACGGAGAGGAGACAGUAUUCCUUCUCUGGAGAGGGCCACCAAGUAUAAUCCCAUGUAUGAGAGUGAUGCAACCACAGGCUACAGUCACUACUACCGGCGUUAUCCUGAGCCCCCAGUCCACAGCAGCGCAAGUGCUGAAGCUUCUACAGACUUCAGCAGCGAAGAGAUACGCCAUAUCUAUGAGAACAGUGAACUCACUAAGGAGGAGAUUCAGGACCGGAUUCGCAUCAUUGAGCUGUACGCAAAAGAUCGUCAGUUUGCUGACUUUGUAAAACAACAUCAGGCGGCACUAGAUACACGGAGGGAGAGUUCAUCUACAUAAAGUAGCCUCACACUACAUAGCUUGGUGAAUACAAGAAGGAACAUGUCUCGUCUUUGGAAAAUGCCAUGUGAAUGAUUGAUUACCAAAAUGCUGUGGGAUGAAUAUGCUUGAAGAACAUUUGUGACUGCAGUCUACUUUCCACAAAGGACUCUUCCGUUGCUUCUUAAAAUGGCUUUCUACUUUCUACAAGAAAGAUUUUUCUCCUGUCAUGGCGGCUCUACUCAAAGCCAAAACCCAGUUCUAAAUGAUUGAAGAGAUGCUUGUUUCAUCACUAGUGCCUUUUGAUUAUGUUUUAAUGAGCAUGGUCUCAGUUUCUCAGCCUAUCAUGACCUGGAGUUCAGAGAUACAGAAAUCCUAAUGGUUACUUGAAACAAAGAUAUUUGAUUAUUUUAGUGUUUAUAGCUAAGGCUUAAUGAAGUCUUUUUCAUAUGUCAUAUAAACAACAGUGAAUAUUUUGUUUUAUGUGUGAAUCUCAUUGCACUGUAUUUUAUGUUGUUCCUUUGUGAAACAUAAACUGUAGAGAGUUGAUUAUCUUAAGUCUUGCUGGACUGUUGGAACUCUCGAUGGGAAGAGGUUCUAUUUCAGUCUUUAAUAGCUUUGCUGAAUCUGAGGUGCUACAUGGUUUCAGUUUCUUACAUGCUGUCAAACAGGGCCAAAAGAGAUAAAUCUGGAGAAUUAUUACUCGCCAACCUUAAUUUUUCAUUUUAUCUGGCAGCUGUUUUCUGAAAUGAUUACAACCAAAUUGUUCAUCUGAAAGAUAUCAAGUGAGAGCAAAGGAGGAAUGUAAGAUUUUUCUCUUUUAUGCUGUAUUUAUCCCUAGAUUUAUCUGUAUUACCUCCAGCCAGAUUUAUAUUCAUGAGCCUUUUCAGGCACACACAAAUGUAAUGUGGCAGCUGGAAAGAGCAUGUACUACAGCUAAGAUAAAGAUCAAACUCUGACAACUGAAACUCAUUUAUUCCCCAAAUUGCUAUUUUUACUUGAUGAUAACUGAACAUGAGUUAAGAGGUGACUGCAGCUAAAGUUCUGUUUUGUAUAUAUAUUUUUUAAUUAAUUUUAAGGGAUGCAGGAUUAUUUAUUAGACAUAAUCAUUGUUGUCUAAGCAGGACAGUUACUGAAUAAAAUAAUAUUAAUUUUGGCAUUUUCCUUAGUUCAAAUGGUGUAAUUGGUGUUUUGCCAAGCAAUUGUUAUGAACUUAGCAAUAAACAGAGGUAGAUACAAUCAUGGUAGUACCAGUGGGGGAAAAAGGUAUUUUAUGAAUCCAAAUCUUGAUUAAAGAAGAAUGCAAAGGUUUUUCCAAUUAAUGGACAUAGCAGCAUCAAAGGUAUUUUGCUAGAAGUGAUUUCAUAAAACUACACUUUAAUUUUUAUGUUUUGACGCAAUAUGAGACACACAUUGUGUCAGUUCCAGAAAUAUUGUUUUGUUAAGGGAGAUUAUAGCAGCAUAUUUGAAUGAAGGAGGAAUUAAGGGUUAGGAACUCUAAUACAGUCAUACUAAUACUAAUAAAACUUGAUCUUAUAACUGGGCAAUUACUUCAAAAUUAAAUAAGAAAAACAGCAUAGAAAUACACCACAAAACCCAUUUGAAACUCUUGUUGACCCAAACUCGACCAUAACAGUGCUCCUCAAAGCUGAUUUUUAUGGUGGGCCUGCCAUUUGGAAACCCCCUGUAACCAAAGCCUUGUAACUUGGUAUAAUAAGAGCAAAACUUGGAACUUGGAGUAAUGGAAGAAAGUAAUAUGUGAUGAGUCAUCUUAUGCUUUUUUGCAUGAAUGUUUUUCUUUUAAGGAGGCCUUCAGCCCAGCUUUUCUUUUUGAAGAAUGAUUCCAUUAGAAAUUGUUCAGAAUGUAUUUACCAGCAUUCCAAGAAGAACUGAGGCAGCUCUUCAAGACAAAAUGCAGCCCAGCAUAUUAUUGAUAUAUCCCUAUAUAUCCUAGCGUUUAACUGUGUAGAAGGAUUUUUUAAUUUUACUGUUUUAGAAUUUUGUAGAUUUAGAUACUGUGCAAUAUAGAGAACAGUGUUUCUCUGUCUUUUUUAUA